ACUCCCACUACAGGAGUAGGGUCCCGCUGUACCUCCCACACGAUCAACUUUGUAGAUAUAGAGCAAGCGCUUCAGCCUAGUUACUUGGCAAUGUUUAUUUUCUAAUACAAAAAGAGGAACAGUUUUGGCUGUGUUUUUAAUUUAACUUUUAAACUUGUUUUCCCGUUUACCACUGCAUUGCUGCACUCAAGCUGUAGGUGUGUACAUCAUGGGAAUCAAGGCAGCCCUCCCUAAGUAUGAACUCUACUUCUACAACACGGUGCUGUAUCUUGCCAUGUUCUGGGCUGCCAGCUGGAUCUUUGAGGUGUCCAACUCAAAUGCAAAUAGAAAGACCUUCAAAACCAGUGUGAAGCCAGGAUGGUACUACUUUGGGAAAAAAAUGGAAACAGCUGAUUUUGAGUGGGUCAUGUGGUUUUCUACAUUUCGAGAGCACAUCCUCUUUGCCCUGUCUGGUCAUGUGAUCUUUGCCAAGAUCUGCUCCAUGCUGGCUCCACAGCACAGGUCCUUGGUUUACAUGGUAUAUGGCGUGUUGGCUGUGUGGACCACUAUGGGCUGGACCUAUGUCACUCUCAUCCUGUCCCACUGCAUCCUGCUCUACAGCAUUUCCUUAGUGAAAAUCAGGUGGCUCUGCUUUGUGAUGGGCCUCACCACCCUGGCAACUUUCAAGUGUGAGCCCUUUGUGUCGUGGCAGGCUGGCUUUGUGACUGGCUCGUUUGAGCUGAGGCCUGUAUUGUUCUAUGGUGGCUGUGGAUUUACUAUACUGCGCUGUAUGAGCUUUGCCCUGGAGAACUGUGAGCGGAGAGAAGGGAACUAUAGCAUCUUGGAGUUGCUCAAGUUUAACUUCUAUCUGCCGUUCUUCUACUUUGGACCCAUCAUAACCUUUGACAAGUAUUACAUUCAGGCCAACAGGUCUGACCUGACCAGGAAGGAGAGAGAGAUGUGGAACAUCAGUCUGCAGGGCCUGAUUCACUUGGGUGCAAUAAUCCUGGUGGAUGUCCUUUUCCACUUCAUGUACAUCUUGACCAUACCCACUGACAUGAAGCUGCUCAAGCACCUCUCAGACUGGGCAUUAGUUGGCUUGGCGUAUUAUAACCUGGUGUACGAUUGGGUCAAAGCUGCUGUCAUGUUUGGGGUCAUCAACACAGUGUCCAGACUGGACCACCUUGACCCACCUCAACCCCCAAAAUGCAUCACCAUGCUAUAUGUGUUUGCUGAAACUCACUUUGACAGAGGAAUCAAUGACUGGCUCUGCAAAUAUGUGUACGACUACCUGGGAGGGAAGCAUGAGAAUGUUUUGGAUGAGUUCAUUGCAACAGUAUGCACGUUUGGUGUCACCAUCAUGUGGCUAGGACCUUGCCAGGUAGUCUUCAUCUGGGCUUUCUUCAACUGUUUUGGCCUCAACUUUGAACUUUGGACCACCAAAUUCUUCUCCAUGGAACCAUUGGCCUCCCUAGAGAUGGCCAUGUCAGAGGCCAUGUCUCGUCGAAUCAGAGCUAUCUUCAACACAUUCAACUUCUGGACAAUUGUGCUGUAUAAUGUCUUGGCCCUAAACAGCCUGGACUUUGCCAAGUUAGUGGCCAAGAGAUUGCUGCUCAAAGGUUUCCCCAUAACCACCAUCUUGGUGAUGUUUUUGACGUACUGCUUGGUGCAGCUAAUAAAGGAGAGAGAGAGGAAACAGGCCCUGAUUGAUUAUCCUGAUCCCUCCCCUCCUCCUGCCCCAGCACCUCCUCCUACCCUUUCUACCACUACAACAACAACCACAGCCACAACCACAGCAGCCCAGCCAGUGAUGGAGCCCGGAAAGGAGAUAGCAGAGUAGGCAAGAUUGUAUUUGAGUCCUUGUUUCCAAAUCUGAUUACAUCAAUUGUGUAUAUCAAGGUGUUGAUACAGUGCACUGUGAAGAUCCCUUAUUUGCAUGGCUCACCAAACAAGUGUUAUCAUGGAUACAGAUUAUACAAUGUUUAUUAGUGAUGUUUGUGUUGUUUCUGCAUUACAUAAAGGUGCUUUUACACAAACCGAAGAUGUCCUAAGAUUCAAAACUUUUGGUAGGAAUCAAAUGUAUUUAAACUGAGUGGAAUAAUAGAAAAACCUUUCAAGGAGUAUUUGCUGUACACUUCUGUUCAAUAUAAAAUAUGACGGCACCUACAAAUACAGUGUAAGAUAUACAAUUUGCUGAAACUGAUUCCCAUAUAUUUUGUGAAUCAUUUAGCUAAAUUCUAAUGUGUGUCAUUGUCCUUGUAUUUAAACAACCCCUAAAUGAAAUUAUAGAAAAUAUUUCUUUCUUUUUCUAAACAUCAAAUAAAAUAUUGUAUAGACCCAUC